AUGGUUGAGGGCGUGGCGGCGGCUGCCAGGAAGGCGGGGGGCGGAGCCUUGCCGGGCCAGCCUGUCGUGGGCCCAGCGGCCUGGACGCCCGCCACGCUCGACCCGAGCGAGUGGGCGUACCAGCUGUCGCCGACGGAGGUGGACGAGAUUGUGGCGGCCACCAGGCACGCGGUUGACACUGGCAAGCCCAUCCCGGAGCUGAGCAAGGCCGACUUCCCGCUGCCGACGCUUGGCCCACAUCUGGAGCGGUUUGCUCGGGAGGCCUGCUGGGGCCGCGGCUUCGUGGUUCUGCGCGGCUUCCCGGUGGACCGGCUCUCGCAGGCGGAGGCUGCGACUGCUUGGUUCGGCUUUGGGUUGCAUUGGGGCACGCCGGUCAGCCAGAAUGCGAAGGGCCACGUGCUCGGACACGUCAAAGACCUGGGCCUCGACCCAGACGACGAUGACGUGCGCGUGUACGCCACGCACGCUGCGCAGCCUUGGCACGUGGACGACACCGAGCUGGUGGCGCUGCUUUGCCUCAAGACCGCACGGUCGGGCGGCCGCUCCGGCUGGGUCUCCUCUGCCUCGGUCUACAACCGCCUGUUAGAGGCGCGGCCCGACCUGGCGGAGGAGCUGAUGAAGCCCUUUGCCUUUGACCGCAAGAAUGAGGAGGACCCGGGGGACGUGCCCUACUGGCUGCUCCCCGUCUUCUCAUUCUACAAAGGCCACUUCGCCUGCUUCUACAACCCGCGCAUGAUGAAGGAGGCGCAGGCAAGGAGGGGCCGCUGCGGCCGGGCGGGGAACGUUGCUCCUGCACUCCAGGCCGUGUCCGACAUUGCGGAUCAGCCAGACCUGCACCUGGAGUGGCAGUUGGAGCCCGGCGAUGUGCAACUGUUGUACAAUUGGCGACUGCACAUGCGCACCCAUUACGAGGACUGGCCGGGCUUUGAGAACCGGCGGCACCUGCUCCGCCUCUGGCUCACUGCGGAUGACGCGCCGCCGCUGGACCCAGCCUACUACGGCGCGGCAGCGCCUGGCAGGCCGGGACUGGGCAUCUACCGCAGGGGCACGGUGCACAGCGCACCCCUGGAUGCGGAGUGA